AUGGAUCCACCCACUUUUAUCUCCCCCGUUGAAGAAAACUCUAUUAACAGCAGCGAUAACGCUUCUUCUCCUGCGAGUAAUGCCGAAUCUCAGCCCCCUAAGAGAAAACGUCUGACACAGGCAUGUGACGCGUGCCGUAAGAAAAAAGUAAAGUGUAGUGGUGAAAAGCCUUCUUGUAAUAAUUGUACACGACUCGGCACGCAUUGUACAUAUCUUCCUAGUACGCGUAAGCGAGGUCCAAGAGUUGGAUUGGUUGAAAGUUUGGAAAAACGUCUUCAACAAAUGGAAAAGCUGUUGCAACCUCUCAAAGAACAAGGAUUGGUAGAUGACAGUGUUGAUAAUUCAACCGGUCGUUCUACAAAAAAACAAAGGCCAAAUCCUAAAGACAACGACGUUCCUGAUACCCCUUUCUCACAUUUUGGUGCGAAUCCUGUGUCAUCUACUUCGGGUGAUUCUAGUUACUUUGCUGGAUCUGCAUUUAUCGCACCGAAUUUUCAAAAUAAUAAUAAAUUUUAUAAAACUCCCGGCGCAUUCAACAAACCGAAUCAGCAAAGUCAAUCCCCAUAUGGACAUAAUGUACCCUAUAAUUUACUUUCUCCGUUACAAAAAACGUAUCCAUUACGAACCUCAAGUGAGGAAAUGUCAAGAUUCAUGGAACAACAGACCAAUAAUUAUGAUGAUUCUCAAGAGGAUAAACACAACAAUGAUAUUUCAAGGAAUGCGGAAAAGGAAGAAGAUGAACUGCUCUUUUUUGGGAAAACAUCAAUAAAGCCUGGAUUUGUUCAUCCAUCAGAUUUGUCGUUCAUCUGUGAAAAAGUUUCACCGAGUUCUUCAACAAGUUCGAUUCUCCCUGGAUCGGCCAGCUCGAGGGAAAGACCACCAAGCAUUAAUUCACCAAUGCCGAACAUUAUCAUGCCAAUUGGAUUGGAAGAUUUUCCUCGAGUAGAAAUAGUGGAACAUCUCGCUUCUUGCUAUUUCCGUAACUUUGAUAGUAUGGUUCCAAUUUUCCAUGAGCCUACUUUUAUGAAGCUUCUGAGGCAAAAUAAAGUUUCAUCCAUUCUAGUAUUUGCCAUGUGUGCCUUGGGUGCGAAGUUUUCCAAUCACCCAUCUAUCGUUGGUGAUACUCCUCGCGUAUCAAGCGAAAAAUUUGCAGUGAUCGCAAACUCUAUGAUCUUUCGAUCUUUUGAUUUUCCUUCCGUUGAACAUGUUCAAGCACUUGUUUUAUUGACUUUACAUAUGUAUAGUACUUGCAAAGGACCAAGAUCCUGGAUAUACAUUGGAAUGGCUAUUAGGAUGGCACAAGAAAUUGGCCUUCAUAAGGUGGAUGAAACGCCCGUAGGGGCGCAAUACACAAAAGACAAGUCGGAAGCAGCCUUCAUACAAAAAGAGAUUCGAAGACGUACAUUUUGGUCGUGUUUUUUACUUGACAGGUCUUCUGCAUGUGCAGUUGGUCGACCUACAUUAAUUGAUGAGGAUGAUUGUGAUGUGAGAUUGCCAUGUAACGAAGCCAUCUGGAAUUAUGAUCAUCCUUAUUCAAAAGUUUUGAUUGAAGAAUAUUAUAACAAGGCUCACGUUAAACAAGAAUCACGCAUGACUCUUACAAACAAUGGACUGUUUGCUUGUCUUGUUAGCGUAAAGGCUUUGCUUGGACGAGUUAGCCAGUUCGUUAAUCGCUCAAGACCUUCUAAUUCACUACACCUCUGGGAACCGCAUUCUCAAUUUGCUAUAUUGUCAAAUGAAAUAAAUCUCUGGUAUAAUUCACUGUCGCCUCAUUACACUUACACCAAAGAAAGGUUGCAGAAGUUGAUGACCAAUGGCACCGGGGCUAUUUUUGCCACAAUACACCUGAUCUAUUAUUCAGUUAUCAUUAUCCUGAAUCGACCAAACACGGCGCCAUUACCAAAUUAUGAGGGGAUAGAAGAAUCGCAUAGAGAGUUUAUUCGUAAAUCAACGGAACGUUGCAGUGUAGCAGCAAAGGCUGUUUCCUCAAUAUCCGCUGAUAUUCUUGCACACGGGGUUCCUUAUUUGUGUGUCUUUACUUUGUAUCCUUUAUAUGUAACUUCGACGGUUCUUGUAAAUGAAAUUUAUAGUUCAAAUAGUUCAAUUGCAGAAGAAGCUAAAAAGAACUUGGAGAUAAUUAAAGAAUAUUUGUUAGCAGCGGAUCCAUAUUGGGCAAUGGCUGGCAAAUUAUUGCGUAUGAUUGCAGAAAUGCGCAAAGACCUUGAAGAGAAAUUAAAUAUUGUAAACAAUAGUACUGAACAAAGAAAUUCUGAACAAUUAAGAAGCGAAAUGUAUAUGGGUACAGACGCCGGAUUUUUAUCCUUCUGGAAUCGUACCAGUGCUGUUGAUGCCAAUGAUAUUUCCUCCAUUAUGUUACCUGAACAGUUACUUUCUUCACACUGGUUUGAUGAUUUAUCUAUUAAUGAUACGUGGUCAAAUUUACUUCGCUCUUCUGAUCCAUUUUCGCCCAGAGCGAUAUCACGUUUUAUAAAAAAAGAUAAAAACUCGAAUGGGGAAAGUUCGACCGACGACAAUUAUUUUAAUCAGGAAAUGGCAAAUUACAAUUAUCCCCCUCCCAUGUUUAAUGGAUAUCCGAUGAUGGAUCCGACAACAGCGAAUCAAAAUGCGUAUGAGUUGAAUAUGGGAAAAUAUUCUUCGAUAAAUCGUCCUCUUAAGCAUUGGAGAACGGUUAAUGGAAAUAAUAUAACCUCUGUGACUGAAAAAUCUACUAUAAGUGACACACAAUCCCAAUCGCCUGCUUCCAUUGCCACCGGUUCAAAUACCUCUUAA